AGCUGAUUUAAAAUUUUUUUUUCAGUGAGCUAGUAUCUCUUUUGUAUGUCUUGAUACCCUUUUUCAUUUAUUUAAAGUUAGAUUAACCCACAAAAGUAGAAGAAGGUACAUUUAAGAUGGAAUGAUCUUAAAUUUAAUGUUUUUUAUUUUAGCACUUUUCCAGCCGUUAACUCCAGGCUCUCGAGAAUUUGAAGAUGUUUUAAAUAUUCUCCAUUCAUCUUACCUUGAGCCAUCUUCAGUGACAAAUUUUCACUACAAACCUGCGUGCUUGAUACAUAAUGAGCUUUUGGAAAAGGAGUUUACAGAAAAGCGAAGAGAGCUGAAGUCUGAUGGUCGUUUAGAUAAGGAACUUUCAGAGUCUUAUGCAUUUCUCAUGGUUGAUCGAUGUCAGGUUCAAAGCAUAUGUGAAAAAGGAUUGCAGGUGGGCCAUUCCAAAAUAACAAUUCUUGGCAGUCCUUCCAUGGGUAUCUAUCUUUCUAAAUAUGCUGACCUAUUACAAGCUAAUCCUUUGGAAAAUGGGGCAGUGGGCGAUGUUGUGAUUUUUAAAAUAAUGAAGGGUAAAAUAAAGAGUAUAUAUGACCCCAUGGGUGUGAAAACCUUGGAAUCCAUGUUAAAUAAAAGUGCUCUGGACCCCACACCAAAGCAUGAAUGUCACGUGUCGAAGAAUGCAGGUAGAAUUACGUCACUCUUAGCUUACAGAGCCUAUGAGCUUACUCAGUAUUAUUUUUAUGAGUAUGGCUUUGAUGAACUAAGGCGAAGACCAAGACAUGUUUGUCCAUAUGCAGUUGUGUCUUUUACUUACAGAGAUGAUAUACAAACUCCAAAGUUUGUUUCUUCAUCAAGAUCUAACAGCUUUAAUGCAGAUAGAAACAUAGAUAAAUUUAACUACACCUUGUGGAAAGGACAGCUUUUAAAUAAAGGAAAACUUUUGUGUUAUAUUUCUCUGAGGUCAGCUACUCGUGCUUUUUUGCCCAUCAAGCUUCCUGAAAAGUUAGAUAUUGAAACAGUUACGAGUAUCGAUCAUCUGAAACAGAAAAUUCCUCCAGCACUGUUUUAUAAGGAAACAUACUUAGGUCCAAAUGAAGUUUUGAAGAAUGGAAUGUAUUGCAGCCUUUAUGAAGUUGUAGAAAAGACAAGAAUUGCAAGUAACAUGGAGAUUUUACUGCAAAAACUAGAUAAAGAAAAACUUGUUCUUGUUAAACCAUUGGGAGACAAAGGAUUCCUUUUUCUUCUCUCUCCUUAUCAGAUGGUUUCUCCAUAUGAACAUCAGACUGUCAAGUCUCGAAUCCUACAUGCUUUGUUUCUGUUUCAAGAACCUAGAGGCAUAAUUACUUCACAAAAAGUUUCCACCAAUACAGCACUACAGGAGAGGCAUGAGAGUGUGCCGGAUAUGUUAAGAAUAGCUCAGUUCUUACAGUUUGCUUUGAUUCAUUGUCGAAAGGAAUGCAAAAGUAUAAACACGAUAAAUUUUCAUUCUGUUGUUGAAAAGUAUGUAACUGAAUUUUUUAAACGAGGUUUUGGUUCAGGUAAACGAGAAUUUAUGUUUUCAUAUGAUUCACGUUUAGAUGAUAAAAAAUUCUUAUACUCAGCACCAAAACAUAAGUCCCAUAUUGAUGAUUGUUUGCGUACCUAUAUUUUUCGACCUGAAAUGUAUCAACUACCUGUUUGUAAACUAAAAGAGCUAUUUGAAGAAAAUAAAAAACUUCAACAGUUCAGUCCACUUUCAGAUUACGAUGGUCAAGAAGAAGAAAUGAAUGGUACAAAAAUGAAAUUUGGAAAACGAAAUAACACAAAGCGUGAAACUGUUACACCUGGAAAGCAAAAGUCAUGUCAUUCUUUGGAUUAUGAUAAGGAUAGAGUCAAAGAAUUGAUUGAUUUAAUUCAGUCUAGGAAAAAAAAUGUUGGCAGGGACUCAGACACAGAAGAUACAAGAAGCAAAACUGUCUUGAAGAGGAAGCUUGAAGACCUACCUGAAAAUAUGAGAAAGCUCGCCAAAACCAGUAAUUUAUCUGAAAAUUACCAUCUAUAUGAAGAGUCUCCACAGCCUGUUGCCUUAGUUGGGCAUGAUGCUGACUUGAGACAGCAGCAGCAGCAGGAUACCUGUAACUCUGGUGUUGGUGACAUUCAUACGCUGUUCAACUUGCUGUCAGAGACACUAGCAAAUGCACGCCAUUCUGAUGCGUCCCUGACAGACACAGUCAAUAAAGCCUUAGGGUUGAACACUGAUGAUGCCUAUGAAGAGCUGAGGCAGAAGCAUGCAUCGAACUGUAUCUCGGAUAAGAAAGAAUACGAACAGCCUACUUGUACAAAAAUUGAAAAUGUACACUUUAAGGGUGUUCAGAGCCCACUCUUAGAAGUUAAUACUUCAUCUUUAAAGUAUCCUGUUGCUGCAUCCACCAGUGAAGUAGGCAUUGACCAUAAGCUGCAUUUGAAAGAUGAUCCAAAUUUAAUUAACGUGAAUAAUUUUGAAGAUUGCAGUUUGUGUCCCACUGUUCCCAUUGAGCAUGGGUUCCAUAGACAACACUCUAAGGCAAAUAAUGUUGAAGAGACUGAAAUACACUGGAAACUGAUUCCAAUUACAGGAGGGGAUACAAAAAGCCCAGAAGACCAGCCGGGGAAACACAGUGAGAAACAAACACCAGACACACUAAAGGGCACCACUGAGGAUGGCGUACUGACAGGUCAGGUGGUGACAGUGGAGGAGCAGUGUGUGCCAGCAACAGAGCCGUCCACAGUGAGUGAAACUACAGAGAGAACAGUGUUAGGAGAAUACAGUAUCUUUUCUAGGAAGAUAGAAGAGAUUUUGAAGCAAAACAAUGUUUUAUAUAUCAGUAAAAUUUCUACACCUAUCUUUGCAACACAAGAGAAGAUAAAACGACUUUCUGAGUUCAUAUAUUCUAAGACUUCCAAAGCUGGUGUACAGGAAUUUGUAGAUGGUUUGCAUGAGAAGCUAAAUACUAUUAUCACUAAGGCAUCAGCUAAGGGUGGGAAUUUGAAACCAGUGAACGCCGAUGAUUUUGGUACUACAAUAGAAUUGAAUCCUCUUGGAAGGCAUGUUGUGUCAGUUUCCUCAAGUGACUUCAACAGUAAACCCCUCCUCGAGCCAGUUUGUAGCAAUGCUUUGAAAGAUGCCGACUCUCUUGAACAGCAUUCAUCUUCAACUUUGGGUUUAACUGAAGGAGAAGUGAACCAGCCACACCAUGCUGCUGAGUUAAUGGUGACUUCUGAUCAUACUGUACCUGGUGAUUCUGCUCGGGAACCAGCAGAAAAAGAAACAAAAUCACCUAGUGAUAUAAACAUUUCUGCCCAACCUGCUCUUUCAAAUUUCAUAAGCCAGUUAGAACCUGAAGUAUUCAAUAGUUUGGUUAAAAUCAUGAAAGAUGUCCGGAAAAAUACUGUGAAAUUUUAUAUUCAUGAAGAAGAAGAGAGUGUGCUCUCCAAAGAAAUAAAGGAAUAUCUUACCAAAUUAGGCAAUACAGAAUGUCAUCCGGAACAGUUUUUGGAAAGAAGAUCAAAAUUAGAUAAACUAUUGAUUAUUAUUCAAUUUUUGACAUUCCUUGAAGAACUUAGUACUCCAGAAGGAAAAUGGCAGUGGAAAGUCCACUGUAAAUUUCAGAAAAGGCUAAAGGAACUGGGCAGAUUGAAUACUAAAGCUCUAAGUCUCUUGACACUUCUGAAUGUCUACCAGAAGAAACAUCUGGUUGAAAUUUUGUCAUACCACAGUUGUGAUUCACAGACUCGAAAUGCUCCAGAACUGGAUUGCCUUAUUAGACUUCAGGCUCAGAACAUACAGCAGCGACACAUAGUCUUUUUAACAGAGAAGAAUAUCAAGAUGCUUUCCAGUUAUACAGAUAAUGGAAUAGUAGUUGCAACCGCUGAAGACUUUAUGCAAAACUUUAAAACUCUCGUGGGCUAUCACAACUCAGUCGCAGAAGAAAGCUUUCCGUUCCUUGGUGCUAAUGAGAAUCUUGAGUCACAGUCAGCUCUUUUAGAAAACGAUCAAAAGGAUGAAGAGGAUAUGUCUCUGGAUUCAGGGGAUGAGAUCUCACAUAUAGAAGUAUGCAGCAAUUUUCAUUCAGAUCUAUUGGAGAAAGAAAUCAAAGGAUCAAGUGGAAGAGAUCAAAAAAAGAAUACUCAAAUUGGGGUGCAAUUGUCUCCAGAUGUACAAAAAAGUUUAUUAGAAGAUAAGACUUCCCAAAUUGAUUCUGAAGAGAGAACUUCUAUUGAUAUAGUGUGUCCUGAAGGAGAAAGCAGCAAUUCAGCAGAACAAGAUUCAUAUAGCAUCUUUCAGGUUUCUCAGAGUCCAUUAAAUAUGUCCCAUCAGUUUAGUCAUUUUAAUGUUCUCACUCAUCAGACUUUUCUGGGGACAUCAUAUGCCCUUUCAUCAAGUCAAUCUCAAGAAAGUGAAAAUGACUUAACUGCUUAUACUCAAUGUACAUCUCCAUUAAAUUGGACAAAAAAAUGAUUCUUCCAGGCCAUACUGACAAGUUAUAAUAAUAGUAACUUUAAAAAAAUAGGUUGUGGACCUCUUCUGUUUCUUAACAGUUAUCAGUUUAUAUUCUCUAAACACAAGGUUUCUUACCCUUUCUGAAAUGUUUUUGUCUCCUCUUAUUUAAAUCAUGAUGGCCUGUAACAGUUUAAACAUCUGAAAACUGAAAUAAAUAUAUAUAUUUCUAACAUAUAUUGUACUUGAAUUCUCAUGUUGGCACUUUUUAAAUUCCACAUUUGUCUGUUACCUGUACUUGAGCUUCAAAUUGAAGCCUAUUUUAUAUGUAAAAUUAGAUGUUUAUAGAAGAAUGGUAAAAAGCAGUGGUUUCACUUUUCUUCGUCUAAUGUUGGAUAAUACAGACUAUUUUGAUUUAAGCUUUUGUAUAAUGUUUUACACAGGUAUAAGCCAGUGAUGUUAAUAUUUAUAAGAGUUUGGCCUUGUACCUCAAGAUGUUUCCAAAAAUAGAGUUUCAUUUAGGUAACAAACUUAUGUACAUAGGAUUUAAUAGCAAGCACCAUUAUUUUUUAAUCUUAUAGGCUUAGAUGUGUAAAACUUCACCUCGUUUCAGUUUUGAUUUUGAUAGUAUUUGAUACUUACAAUUUUCAGUGCUUAUGUAAUAAUCAUUGACCAAAUGAGUUUCAAAACAUGGGGCUUCUGUUGUUAUCAAAGGCAUUAAACCAUUUGGAACUUGUAUUCUUCUUA